UGAGGAUUUGCCUGAGGCAGUGAGCCGAGACAACAGCUGAGGUCUCCAGUAAAAAGCAUUACGGUGUGCUUCAUCCUCCAACAAGCCAAAGAUAGGGGCAGCACAAGAGGCCUAUCAAUGGCAUCGGAAGACUACAGUGUUUACAGUGGAUUGACGGAAGAUGAGCUGAUCUCAUUGGCUGUUGAACGCAGUCUAACAGAUGACCAUGUUUCUGUGGACCACACUGGUCACAGUAAGACACCAAUAGUGCAGUCAAGGCCAACUAUUGCAGGUUCCAUUUCUGCACAUCCACAUGUUGCUCCACCCACAGAUGACACACCAUGCAUCACUCUGAAAAAUGCUUGCACAGACCCAGGUCCAGGAGCAAGAAAGUGCUAUUCCUUCAUCAACAGUGACGGCCAGCAGUAUGCAGCUUGGAGGAGAUACGAUGGGUCAAUGUUAGUCACCCUUGAUCCAGAGCCCUUAGAUCCUGUUGUCAAAGCAAUCAAGAGCGGUGCUGUGAGUACUCUGAUUGAGAUUGCAAAGACUGGAAUAUGCCUGACAAAACAAAAUAAGGAAGGCUGGAUUUCUCUACAUGAGGCUGCAUACCGUGGCCAAACAGAAUGCCUCAAGGUUUUGCUAAAACUCGAUCACAAGAUGAUCAACGCACGCACCUUCCAGGAUGAGACACCUCUCUUCUUUGCUGUGUCUUUUGAACAAGUGGCCUGUAGCCAGUGGCUCCUGGAGAGUGGAGCAGAUCCUGACAUCAGCAAUAAGGAGAACGAAACUCCUCUCUACACAGCCUGUGAAAGACAGAAUCUGGACAUUGUGCAGCUGAUCCUGAAGUUCAAAGGCAAGGUGAACAAAAUCUGCCGGCAGGGCUGCACAGCUCUGCAUGAAGCCGUGUGGCGUGACAACCUGGAGAUUUGUCACGCUCUACUGGAGGCCGGGGCCGACAUCAGCAUCCCCAACAAAUAUGGCAUCACUCCUCUCUUUGCAGCUGCACAGGGAGGAUGUGUCAAAGUGUUGCGCUUCCUCAUAAGGCAUGGCGCGGAUGUGAACAGCCACGCAGCUGAUGGAGCCACAGCUCUCUAUGAGUCUAGCAAGAACGGCCAUGAAGAGGUUGUGAAAAUUUUGCUAUCACGAAAUGCUAAUGCUAACAUAUGUACCAGAGGGGGACUGCUUCCACUGCAUAUAGCUGCCAAACGUGGAAAUGAAAGAAUUGUGUCCAUCCUGAUCCCGGUCACUAGCAAGGCCCGGGUGCGGCGUAGUGGGAUCAGUCCCCUUCACCUCGCUGCAGAACGUAACAAGAAUGAGGUCCUGGAGACUCUCAUAGAGGCAGGCUUUGAUGUCAACGCCAUGUUGUCCCCUGACCGCUCCAAGAUGCACGAGGACCGCCGCAGCACCGCCCUCUACUUUGCCAUCUGCAACAACAACACUGAAGCUGCCACUAUGCUCCUAGAAGCUGGUGCCAACCCCAACCUGGACACGUUUAACCCCCUGCUGAUCGCCGUGCGUCAGGGCUGCAUACGGACAGUCACUUUGCUGGUAGAGCAUGGGGCCAAUGUCAAUGCCUACAUCCCCACCCACCCCACCUCCUUCCCCGCUGCCAUUAUGUUCUGCAUGAAGUACCUGACCCUGCUCAAGUACCUGCUGGAUAAUGGGUGCGAUGCCCAGUCCUGCUUCCAGUGUGAGUACGGCAGUGGCCCACAUCCUCCGAUCGAGACCUUACACAGACCCAGGGAUGACAUACGCUACAAUGUUGAUGUGCAGAACUACAUUCCAGUGCAGUUCUGUGAGAUGAUUUCCACGCCUUCAGUGAGUCGCUGGGCAGGACCCAUCAUUGAUGUCCUCCUGGAUUAUGUUGGCAAUGUGCAGCUGUGUGCCAGGCUGAUAGAGCAUCUGGAUAGCUAUGAGGACUGGGGUGUUAUCAAGGAGAAAUCAAUUCUUCCACGACCUCUAAUGCAAUUAUGCAGACUCAGGAUUCUCAGUUUGUUAGGGGCCGAGAGGAUGCAGCUCAUCGAUUCCUUGCCAAUCCCUGGAAGAUUAUUAAAGUUCCUGAGACAUGAGGAGCGCUCAUCACAGUUAUGAAGUGAACAAUCUGCCAUUACUCCCCAACAUUAAAGAUACAAAAUGACUGCUUGGACUAGCAUAUGGAUGCUAUGUUUGCUAUCUGUUAAAUAAUUAACUUAUUUAUAAUGUGUAUAUUUCUGCUCUUUCAUUGAAAAAAAUCACAUCAGUCAUAUUUAUUACUCAUAUAUUGUCCGUUAAUAUUUAUAUUGCACUGCCUUGUCUUGAACUGUUUUGUUCUUUAUUGCACGGCUGUUGUCCGGAUUGCACUAUUCGUCCUAUUGUCUCCUGAUGUACCUGUCUCCUCCCCUGCAACUGUGGCACAAGAAUUUCACUGUGUCCCUCCAAUCAUAUGUAACAAUAAAACUUUAUUUG